AAAGCCUUUCGUAAGCCAAUUGUUAAUUCUGGUAAAUAUCUUAAAAGCACUUUACUGUCUUUCAAAAGACUAAUCGAAAGAUCUGCUAACGAGGAGGUCCUAGCGCUAUGCUUAGUUUGCGCUUAGUUUUUAUGCAUACGGCCCAUUGUACAUGGUAGUCUUCUACAUAUUUAUUUAUCUAAGUACUUACAAUUAAAUCCAAGCCAGUAUUGUAGUUACAUAUGUGCAUAUAUAACUUCGAUUGCAUCAUAUUAGAUAUUACAUACUCAAUGACUGCACCUAACUGAGGAGAGAUGCCGUCUACAUUUCCACAUAGACAACUGAGUGGCAGGAAGAAUAGCCAAUUUGCUCUAAAUGAGUGACAUGCAUGCAACAUGAUUUGUGCUGAGGAUACAAUUAAUUUGUACAGCUGGUCUUGCAACGAACCGCAUGCAUUAUUCAAAAUAAUUUUAAGUGAAAUGUGGUCAGAACAAGUUUUUGCUUGCUUACUCUUUCUUUUAGUAGGCAUUAAUCUGAAUAAAACUGCUUGUACACGCAAAUCGCAUUUGGAUCACUUAAAAUUUAGCCUCGUGCGCACUUGCCAACGCUCUACAAUGCCUGCAAUUGCCUAUGAGAAUGUAGUUAAUCUUGAAGAUUGUGUGCGUGCGGCGAAGUCGGCACGCGGUCUAGCUUUGAAUUUUGGCACAAGUGCAAGAGGCAAAUAUGAAGUAUUUGAAAUACUACUUACUGAACAACAGCUAGAGCAAAUAACACGUCCGAAUGAAAGUCGCUAUAGUGAAAAUCGUCUGAGUGUUUGGCAGCGGCCGCAGGAGCAUUUCAAUUGUCACAUACUCGCAUGUCCGGAGAACAAUACAAUGCGCAAUCUGGUGAAUGACAGUCGUUAUGACUAUUAUAGUUUGUAUGGCGAGCCAGUGGCAUCUCUCAACUAUUCCUGCGUUCCUCAAGUGGGCUUAUUUCAACUACAAGUAGCACCUGCUAAUUUUCACAAUGCCACACAAAAUUGCCGCAAUACUGCAAUUGUUGGUGGCGUGGCCAACUUGGCGCACGUUGCCUCGGCAGCUCGGACAAAUGCUUUCGCAGAACUUCUACGAGUAUACAAUGAAAAUGCACGACAAAUGCAUGCACGACAACACAUAUUGGCUUACGUUGGCCUGCACUUCAACCGAACGUACAAUAGCCAGCCUAUUGAGUACAUUAAUAUGGAAGAGGAACCCCUACGCUGCUUUCAGUUUGCGGCUUGGGCGCCGGGACAUCCACGUACUAGGUAGUAAUUUCUGAAAUAUGUGCUUUUGAAACUUGUAUAACUACAUAUUUAGAUUACCUUUAGCAGCAACCAGUUUGCCAAUGUAAGCUGCAUUGCUGUAACUCUUCAACGCACUUGGAUGACAGUGGACUGUGAACGGGAGCUUCCUUUUAUUUGCGAGAUAUACACUUCGAGGGGUGUC